UAUUCUACAAACGGAAGCUAGGAAGACGUCACUGGAGUGGGGGGCUUCCAGUUUUCUGGAAUGGCUUCCUUUGGAUGGAAGAGAAAGAUUGGUGAGAAAGUAUCUAAGGUAACAUCCCAGCAAUUUGAAGCUCAAGCUGCUGAUGAACAGGACCUGGUUGAUGAUAAUGAAGUUGAUUGGCUUCAUGAAGCCAAAAGGAAAAAGGGGCUUCUUCUAGAAGACUGUGUAGCCCAAAGUAAACAUCUGAAGGAUGAAGGUGCAAUUUUAGCUGAAAAUGGAAGGUACCCGGAAGCUAUUCACAAAUGGGAAGAAGCACUUCAGUUAACCCCUGAAGAUGCCACUCUGUAUGAGAUGAAAUCACAGGUUCUGAUGUCUCUGCAUGAAAUGUUUCCUGCAGUUCAGGCAGCAGAGAUGGCUGUCCAGAGAGAUCCCCAUUCUUGGGAAGCAUGGCAAACACUGGGGCGGGCCCAGCUUGGAUUAGGAGAAAUCACAUUGGCUAUUCGAAGUUUCCAGAUUGCCUUGCAUAUCUAUCCACUCAACUCUGAAUUGUGGAACGAAGAUCUUUCCUGGGCAAAAAAAUUACAACAACAGAAAAAAGCAACCAAAACUGAGACAGGAACACAGGGGUCUGAGAACGAAACUUUGGAGGAGCCAAUUCCAGAUUAUGACUUUGAAAGUGAUGAGAUCCUGGCUGUGUGUGCUGCCAUUGCUGAAAAAGAAAAAAACACUUCGACCUCUAAAAGUGUAGUGAUUGUAUCAGCUUCAGGGACUGUUGAGACUGUAACCGAACAAGAGGAGUCUACAACGCUCCCUGACGGUUCUGUGUUUAUCAAAGCACGAUAAUCCACAUGGCCUCUUCCUGUAACAGUCAUAAAUUUGAGGAGUGGCUGCUGCUGCUGUUGUUCUAUUUGCUUUCCCUUCUUGAAUCACUGAGCAGUGGAGAUCCCCAUUCCUUCACAUUAAACAGGGGCAAUGUGUCCUGUAGGGCCAGAGGAGGCAGAAUUUGGAAAACUGAACAUCAGUAAUUUCAUUGCUGUUCUUCCCAGAUUGAAUGCUACUUUGAACAACACCUUUGCAAAUUUGGCGCCUUCCUAAUGCCACAGCUUACAAGUCCCACAAUCCACAGAUAGCAUGGUUCAUGGGGAUGAUGGGUGAGGUUCAUGUAAGGUGAAGUACAAUCCACCUCCGAAAAGACAUCUCCAUUGUAGAAACCUGGUGUUCAAUAUAGAAAGAAAGAAAAAAAAACCAGAACGUAGCAUGUCUGGAAAUAGUGGCUUUGAAAAUAGGAACUGGAAGUGUUGGGUCUGUAUAUAUUUACACUGCCAAGAAUUACAAAACUGGAAUGGCUUUGUAAGCUUGCUAGCAAUCCACUAACAUCUGUUCUUACUGUGAUAAAGCAAAGCAGGGGAUGAGGCAAAAACUUCACGUGCUUAUACAGUUGUGGUACGGAAUGUGCUGAACAUGUUUCAGUCUAUAUAGUCUUUUGAGUCAAGGUCAUUCUGUUAUCUUAAUGUAGAGACUCUCAGAUGUAGUUCUCAGAUGCUGCUUUGAACACAAGAUAUUCUCCUUGUUUUUCCAAAUCCAAUUAUAAAAUACUGUUAUGUUCAUGCCCUCGAAUCAUAAGAUGGCCUUUAUGCUUCCCACUAUGAACUUUUAAAGAGGGAUUAUUUUAAUGAAGAUACAGGUAUUCCUUAUUUAGUGAUGGUAAUUGGGAUCAGGAACUCCAUCACUAAGCUACACAAUCAUGAAGCGCAAUGUCAUGUGACCAUGCCGACUUAAGAUGGCAGUUUUGGCUAUUCCAGUUGCUGCUGUCGGGUGCAGUCGCAGCAUCCUGUGUCAUGUGAU